AUGCCAAAGCUUUCGGCCAAAGUCGAAGGAAAGGGCAACGGAAUCAAGACGGUCAUCUCAAACAUGUCGGAGAUUGCGAAGGCUCUCGAGCGCCCGCCAAUGUGUAUGUUUACAGGGCACCUCAUCGUAGGCCCGAUGGAAAGCAAUGAAAUGCUUUGUUUUUCAGACCCCACCAAGUACUUUGGAUGUGAGCUCGGCGCUCAAACAAACUUUGACGCCAAAAACGAGCGCUACAUUGUCAAUGGAGAACACGAUGCCAAUAAGCUUCAGGAUAUUCUAGACGGAUUCAUCAAGAAGUUUGUUCUGUGCAAGUCCUGUGAGAAUCCGGAAACUCAACUGGUGAGGAACAGAAGACGUUAUUUCAGCUAAAUAACUCGUUUCUGAUUUCAGUUUGUUCGCAAAACCGGCAUCAAGAGCAAAUGCAAAGCUUGCGGAGGCUCGUUCGAUAUCGACAACAAGCACAAGCUGGCGACGUACAUCAUGAAGAACCCGCCGAAAAUCGAUGUCGACUUUUGUUAGUGAACUAUCAGAAAUAGGGGAAAUAUUUUAAGGCUGAUUUGCAUAUAAUAUACUCACAUGACCACACAUAAUCAACAUGCAAAUCCAUUGUUUUCAGCGAAAGCAGAACAGAAAAACGGAAAGAAGGUAUCGGGCGCUGACGCAGCCGCCGCAGUAGCGGCAGAGCUAAUCCAAAACGGCGACAAGGGUAGUUCGAAUGAUGACGAAGACGACGACUGGGAACCGGAACCAAUCGAGCCGAAUGGCAUGCUGUCGGCGGGAAUGGGCAAGCUCGUUCUGGACAAGGACCUCGAGAAGAGCGAGGAGCAGCGUCUCGACAUGCUUCACACCUUCUUUGUGAAGGCCAAGGAUGAAGGUAAUUAAACCACCCUUUCUUUCAACUCAAAUUUCAAAAAAAAUUCAGGACGUAUCACCGAGACCAAGGACUUGAAUGCUUUGCGUGAUGAAGCGGAGAGACUGGAGCUGAAGCAGAAGGCUUCGCUUCUUCUCGCCAAUGUUCUGUUCGAUGAGAAUAUUCUCACUGAGCAACAGAUCCCCAAACAACGCAAGCUCUUGCUCCGCUUCACUCUGAACGACAAGAAGGCUCAGCGCUACAUGCUUGGAGGAAUCGAACAGGUUGUGAACAAGCAUGAAAGCACUCUCCUUGCCAAAUCUGCGCAUAUCAUCAAGGCUUUGUACGAAGCCGAUAUCUGCGAAGAAGAAGCGAUUCUGACCUGGGGAGAGAAGCCGUCAAGCAAGUACGUUUCCAAGUCAUUUGCAAAAAAAGUUAUCGAGAACGCGAAAGUGUUCCUCGAAUGGUUGAAAAAUGCGGAAGAAGAGUCCGACGAGGAAUCGGAUGACGAUAUUGCGGUAAGAAACUUAAUCUCGUUAAUCCGAACUCACUUGCUUUGUUUCAGUUCGGAGACGACCAGAAGGAGAGUCAAUUCCUGCGCCAGCAACGUGAGAAGGCAGCCAAGGAAGCUGCGACGGAGUCGAAGGCGACGAACGGAACUGCUGUGCAGGCCAACAAUGAGGAGGAGGACGACUUGGACAUUGAUGACAUCUAA